CAGAGCCAGCUAAGGAAACCCAAGAACCAAGAACUCCAGACCUCCCAUGGCCACGGCCAAGACCUACCUCGCCAGGCGGAAUUACCGAUUUCUCUCUAGUGACCAGCACCACCACUCACCUCUCGUGUCCGAGUCUGGAUUCGAGCUGGACGAGUCCGAUAUCUACAACCUUUCGGCAACUCGCUCUGACUCGCCCGAGUUCCGCGGUAAGGCCGCUCCGACUUCUAGAUUCACCAAGAAAACAGCAUCGAACCGCGUUGAUUGUACAGGCGGGACUCCGUCGUCGCUCCCGGUCAGUAUACCGGACUGGUCCAAGAUUUUGAAGGACGAAAACCGGGACAAUCGGAGGAGAGUUAGUGAUGACGAGGAUGAUUACGCGGACGGCGGUGAUUCGUUCGAGGGAGAAGCAAGGAUCCCUCCGCACGAGUUGUUGGCGAGGCAGAUGGCGAGGACAAGGAUCGCGUCGUUCUCGGUGCAUGAAGGUAUUGGGAGGACUUUGAAAGGGCGGGAUCUGAGCAGAGUCAGAAAUGCAAUAUGGGAGAAAACUGGCUUCCAGGACUAAUUUUUGAAAUUACCACGGUAACCCUGAGGGAGGAUUAUAGCUGGAUUUAUGACAGAUUUUGACUCUUUUUUUUGUUUACUUCUUUUUGUUUGGGGCGCUCAGGCUUAGAGUUUCAGUAGUUGUUUUGGUGAGUGGAAUGUAAAGGAGGGAAUCCUUUUUGAAUCUUAACGCUUGUAAUCCUAACUGGAGAGAUUGUAAUCGAGAUUUCAAAGGAAAUAUUAAUGCGGUUUCUUUGUUAUUUG